AUGUCGACCAAAAGAAGUAGAACUUUAACAGAAUGCUCGUAUACCAAUGGUCAGAAUUUAGAAAAUCAGGAAAUCAGGUUGACAGUCAAAGGGACAUCACAUCAGGCUGUUGAAAUUCUAAAACGUCAGAGGAAAGACAAUAAUGAAGUAAAAUAUGAGUGCAGGUUUCAAAGUUUCAUGAACACUUCCUGGUCAGAGUCGACGGAUAGUGUCAGUUCUGAGCUUAUGGAAGACACCGUUGAAGAUAUUUUUGCAAAAUUGAAUAAUUUUGAAAAAGAAUCACAUAAGUUACUCACAGAUUUUACUUAUAAACAAGAUUCUAUAGAAUCACUGAUUUUAGUUUCAGAGAAGAUAGUGAUAUGUUUUAAAGAUAAAUUACUUAAUGCAUGGACAGUAAAGAUUCUAUAUAAAGAACAGUUUGGACACGAAAAAAUAUGUUUCACUGUUGACUGGGAUAAUUAUCCUUCUAAUGAAAAUAUUGAAGAUCUACUGCUUCUUGAUCCUUUUGAAAAGAAAUCUUUUCCACUUCAUCAUAGACCAAUGCUUCUCAGUAUUGUACAUAGUGAAGAUAUUUCCACUAGUGAAACAACUUGUAGUUUGCAGAAACAUCUAUUUAUUUCUUUAUUUGGUAGUUCAACAUUUUUGGCUUCUCAGGAUGUUAUUCUUUUGGGCUUACCUGAUGGAAGAGUCGUGUGGAAAAACAUUUGUUCAGUUUCAAAUGAAGCUAAAGCACAUCUUUUAUGUAAAUUAAAUCAACCAAUAAUUGGAUUAUUUUGUACAAAGUUGCAUUUACAAAAAGGUAGUGCUUUAUUUAGAAGAUUGGUUUCUACAAAGAAAGGAAAACAAGAAUUUACAGAAAUACAAAAAGGACGAUUACAGGAAGAUUUAGAAGAGAAUAUUACAAAUGUNGAAAAACAGAGAGUUACGUUCCUGAAGUUAACAAAAGUAUGCUACUGUUUUUCGUUACCAAGAUAA